AAGCGAAUAACCACAGAAGGACGUCUGCCUCUGACUCAGUAUGUCACAUUUAACGAGAGGCCAGAGCUUGCCCAAAAUGGCUGCCCCAAAACGACCCCACAUUUGCGUUAGAAGAUGAUGCCUUUUUCAGAGACGGUUUUCUCUCUGGGCUCCUAUCUCGCUUGCUCUCUGUCUGCCUGUGUCCCUGGUCAUGCCUUCCUACAGUAUCCUUUAACGAUAUAUCAAGACUGUUGAAAGCAUAACUGUCCAAGAUGCCCGUCCCUCCCCCCCCAGCACCCCCGCCUCCGCCGACCUUUGCUUUGGCCAAUACAGAAAAGCCUACCUUGAAUAAAUCAGAGCAGGCUGGGAGAAAUGCUCUUCUCUCAGACAUCAGCAAAGGGAAGAAACUAAAGAAGACAGUCACCAACGACAGAAGUGCACCGAUAUUGGACAAACCUAAAGGAGCCGGUGCUGGUGGCGGUGGUGGCUUUGGUGGAGGCGGUGGUGGAUUUGGCGGAGGAGGUGGCGGCGGCGGCGGCGGCGGUGGUGGUGGCGUCGGUGGUGGCGGUGGAAGUUUUGGAGGGGGUGGACCACCCGGUUUGGGAGGACUGUUCCAGGCUGGAAUGCCGAAGCUGAGAUCCACAGCCAACAGGGAAAGCGAUUCCGGAGGAAGCCGACCCCCAGUUUUGCCACCAGGAGGAAGAUCCAUAUCUGCCAAACCUUUCUCACCCCCAAGUGGCCCGGGGAGGUUCCCUGUGCCUUCUCCAGGCCACAGAAGCGGACCGCCAGAGCCUCAGAGGAACCGAAUGCCUCCCCCAAGGCCCGACAUGGGCUCAAAGCCUGAUAGCAUUCCCCCUCCAGUACCUAAUACGCCAAGACCUGUUCCAUCAAGUCUGCACAACCGGGGGGCCCUACCAGUGCCUGGGGCCCCCAGGCAGCCCAGCCCUGGGCCAACUCCUCCCCCUUUCCCUGGAAACCGAGGUGCUGCUUUUGGAGGAGGCUCCAUACGUCAGACCCCCUCCAGCUCCUCCUCACCCUUCUCCAACAGGCCUCCCCUGCCGCCUACCCCGAGCAGGGCCUUGGAUGACAAACCCCCUCCUCCGCCUCCUCCAUUGGGCAACAGGCCCUCCAUCCACAGGGAAGCCGUCCCACCUCCUCCCUCUCAGAACAGCAAGCCCCCGGUGCCUUCCACCCCUCGGCCUUCCUCCUCCUCACAGGCCCCACCUCCACCGCCGCCACCCAGCAGGCCUGGCCCUCCUCCCCUGCCUCCAGGUUCCAGUGGCAGUGACGAAAUCCCAAGGCUCCCACAGCGGAAUUUGUCCCUCACUUCGUCUGCACCUCCCUUACCUUCACCUGGACGUUCCGGCCCUCUUCCUCCCCCGCCCAGUGAGAGACCCCCUCCUCCAGUGAGGGACCCACCAGGCAGAUCAGGCCCUCUCCCACCGCCUCCUCCAAUAAGCAGAAAUGGCAGCACGUCUCGGGCCCUGCCUGCCACUCCUCAGUUGCCGUCCAGGAGUGUAGUAGAUAGUCCCAGGAGUGGGCCCAGGCCUCCCCUUCCUCCAGACAGGCCUGGAACUGGGGCGCCUCCCCCACCUCCGCCAUCAACAUCAAUUAGAAACGGCUUCCAAGACUCUUCCUGUGAAGAUGAGUGGGAAAGCAGAUUCUACUUCCAUCCGAUUUCUGACUUGCCACCUCCAGAGCCAUAUGUACCAACAGCCAAAACUUAUCCCAGUAAAUUGGCAAGAAGUGAAAGCCGAAGUGGAUCCAACCGAAGAGAAAGGGGUGCCCCACCACUUCCUCCCCUCCCGAGGUGAUCCUUGCCUGCUGUUCUCCACUCAAGCCCAAGAGCUACUUCUGUGGUUGCUAUGGAGAGUUGCACAUCUUCCUCCCAUCUUCCCUUGUCCUCUUCAUAUUGGCAGGAGGGAAGAAGGGAGGGUGACAUGGAAAUAUGUGUGUGUGGGGUGGGAAUGCAGUAAGAAACGCACCUAGCUUUUUAUAUUGUGUAUAUUCUCAAAGCUAUUGCUUGCUUAAGCUACAGCCCACCAGUGUCGGCUGCUUGGGGGUCGAUAGGCUUUUGUGGCAAGUAGGCAGAGAGGAAUUGCGUCACAGCUUUCAACCAACCAAAUUCAGGCAUUGACUGCUUAUUUGCUACAGACUAUAAUAUUCAAGUCCCUGAUAGCUGUUUGCUUCCUGGCCUUUUUUUGCAUGCUUGGCCUCCUGUCUAUUUCUAUGAACCACAGACCAUUUAAGCAAAUUGCUGCAUGAGGGCUUACAUAAAAUUUUUGCAGUUACAGGCUGUCCGGUCUUUGACAGUCUGAGGAAAGCUCUAGGACAGAGCUGUCCAAUAGAAAUAUAAUGUAAGCCACAUACACAAUUUAAAAAUUUCUAGUAGCCACAUUAAAAAAGGAAAAGAAAUAGGUGAAAUUAAUUUUAAUAUAUUUUAUUUAACCCUAACAUCCAAAAUAUUAUCAUUUCAACCUGCAAUCAAUGUAACAAUUAUUGAUGAGAUAUUUUACAUUCUUUUUUUUGGUACUAAAUCUUCAAAAUCCAGUGUGUAAUUUAUGCUUAGAGAACGUCUCCAAUUUGGAUAGUCACAUUUCAAGUGCUCACUAGCCACAGGUGGCUGGUGGCUACCAUAUGGGACAGCACAGGUCUAGAAGAUGGACGCUAGUGCAAAAACCUCUUGUAUAAAAAACAAAAAAGGCAAGAUGAGCUUUAGGAAUUCAAGAGGUAACCAAAAAUAAAGUUGGACCCGACCUCCUGUUUGGCAGACAUCUUGACCUUAGAUUUUGCUCCCUUAUUUUCCCUUUUCCCUUAAUAUCUCUAUACAAGUGUUGCUUCACAGUCCCCAGGUCAGAAACUGAUCUAAUAGGGUUUACAGUCACGUGGAAUAAAGCCAUUGGAAAGAAACUGAAGGCCAGUCGGGGCUUCGGGGGCUCGGAACCAGCUGGCUGGGGCUCACCUGUCAGUUGGACUCCUGCCUUUAGCAUUGGAAGCAGCUUCUCUCUCCCACCCAGCUAGCUCCUCAGGGCGGGAGGCUGUAGGCUCCGUAGCUGGGGGGAAAGUCAGGGAAUGGUAGCAAACAAGAAAUGCGGAAGAAGGGAACAGAUUUGAGUUUGAUGGCAAAACGCUAAUCUAAAUCUGAUGCUUAUGGGGUUGAGAGAAAGAGAGAUUGCUACUGGAAAUUGGAAGGAAUUUGUUUUGAAUCUUCCCGGAGAAUCAUUUGCCUUGGAUCUAUGCAAAUUAAGCUCCAUGAAAGGACCAUAGGGAAGAGCCAGCCUUGCCUUUUUUGUAUGAUUUUGUUUACAAAACUUUACUGGGACUUUUAAAUCUAGCUAUAGAGUUGGAAAAAAAAUAUUUCCAUUUAGAUUUUUAUAUAGUUGAUGAUGUUUAAAGUUACCAUUACUUAUUUUUUAAAAGCACAUGGCCACAUAUGUAUAUGUCUAUCUACCUAAACUUUGUAUCAUGGUUUCAAUGUAUUGUUCAUGUAUUAGUGGGAGUUGCUAACAAGAAAUCAAUCCAAAGAAAAAUUUGAAAGAAGCAUUCCUAUUUAUAGAAUAAAUAAUUGUUUCAUUUAUAUAAAAGCAAAAGAACUUAGAGUUCUAAUAAGUGGGAUGUCUAAUAAAUUAUGAAGUUGCCCAUUUGAAUAUAUUGUAUUUUUGUAACUUUCCUUGCCAAAAUCCUAGAUUUAGUACGUUAGAGAACUUGUUUUUUUCCCCCUUUCUCCUCUACUUCAUCUGUCUUUCAUAGUCACUUGGGGCCCUUUACCCAAAAAGAAACAAGAAAUACAAAGGUGUAACCAGCUUGGCAAAGUAUUUUCAAAAAUUUUUUUCAAUCUCUAAUAUUUUGGUAAAAUAGUAGCGUCAUUUUAUUUGAAUUCUUUGAUCAGAUGUCAACAGUUGAUAAAAAUCCCUAUGAUAAAGCCUAACGACUCACUUUAGAAAAGAUGGAGUUUAGCCUUCCAAGCAAAUACAGCAGAGAAAAGUCUGACCCAAAGAAAAUGGUUUGAAUUUUGUAAGGGGUAGGGGGAAUUGCCAAUUUCCUUAUAUAUCCCAACUUUGAGGGUACCAUUCUAAAGUUUGAAACAGGGUCACAGCUUAAAGUUGCUAUUCAUCCAAGAUAGAGAUGUGUUAGAAUGUAUUUUUUAAGUGAAUGUUUAUUAAUACACCUACUCCCUUUGUUUGAAAGUCAGCAACCUAAUUGCAUCCAAAACUCUGAGUAAAUUCUAUGCUAAAAUCUUCAACUAUGGCAAAUCACAAAAAUGAAUAUUUUCUUUCCUGAAAUCAGAGCUUACAUGUGUUUUUUUCCAUAAAAUUUCCAGAUAAGUGUAUUCAAGAUGCAAUACAGUCUUUUAACAUUCACAUACCAUUAUAUAUUGAAAUGUAUUACAGUAUUAAAAUUCAGUGUUCAGUAUUUAUUUCACUAUGCAUUUUAUUAGUAAAAGCCAAGAAAAAAUGUUUAAUCCAAUGGUGCCUUACUUUGUGAUUUGGAAGAAAUCGACUUUUUAUGUCUAAGUAUUAGCAGAUUAUUUGCAUAUUUGUAAAAACUGUUAGGUCUUUAUAUUUUAACUUGUAAUAUCAAUUUUGUUAUUUUAGUAGCAGAGAUGGGAUGAUUGUUAAAGUGCCCAAAAUUUUUUGGCAUGAUAUUAAUUUUUCCCUGUUUAUAGUCAGGGACUGUAAAGGAAGAAAAAAAUGUUUUUCAUACCACUGCACUAUGCAAAUAUGCACAUUUUGUUAUCUAUGUCAUCAGGAUAGUUUAAAUGGUGGGGUAGAGUCUACUCUAGACAUCUGCGUCUUUGUAAGUUAGCCAGACAAUAAAUAAAAGCAGAAUGAUGAGUGUCAA